AUGACAGGCUUCCGUUUGGGCCUCAAGGCCUCCAUUCUCACCCUUCUCGCUUCUACCGCACACGCCCUUCGCUUCACACCCGACUCUGAGUGUGCUGCUCUAUGCUCGAGUGAAUCGAAUUCAACUGCUUCCGACUCCGAGUCAUCCAUAACAAAGCCGUCCGACGUCGUGUGCGAGGACAAUGGAUAUUCAGAUACAGGCAACGGUAUCAGGUUCAAGAAUUGCCUGAAUUGUCUCCAGAAGAGUGACUCGACAUGGAAGGAAGAAAGCGAUGUGUCCUGGUUCCUCUACAACGCCCGAUAUGCCUUCGACGUUUGUCUGUACUCUUAUCCUGAUGCGGUGGACUCGGGUACCAUCAACUCGCCGUGCAAUAUUGAAUCUUCCUGCGGGUCUCUACAAGAUGCUCUGACAGUUUCUCUUCUCAAGACAGAUACAGAUAAUCAGUUCGAUUAUUGUGAGGCCGAAGACUCCAUUAUCAAGAGUUCUAGCUACAAAGAGUGCAUUGGCUGCUUACGAUCAACAUCGAACCAAAAGUAUCUUGCAAACUUUCUGGUAGCUCUUAAGGCUGGAUGCAUCCAGAAACCCAAGAAGGGCGAUGUCAUUGGUCUCAGUGGCACGACCUUCACAACCUCACUCAUUAACAUCACCGACCCCAACACAAAUGAAACUCUUCCUGGUGAUGACGGUGCGCCUGUUGGCUCUAUGACCACGGGAACGAUUGUUGGCAUUGCCGUUGGAUGUGGUUUAGCAUUUGCUGGUGCGAUUUGGCUUCUCUUCAUAUAUUGUCGACGGAGCAGAAGACGCCAGGGAGCAGGAAUCAAGAUUGAAUCACCACCACCAGACGCUCCUAUGAAUGAUCGCUCCAUGUAUGGGAUUCAGAAGUCCUCAUACUUCAUCGACCAACCAGGCCGUCCCCUGUCAACGAUGAGUAAUGCCGCACGCUUUGGAGCACAUUCUCGAAAUGCAUCCAAUGCAGAGUAUUAUGAUAGUCUCGAAGAUGGGAGAGGAAGCUCGGAAACACCUGUCACCUACCACUACGCACCUCAUUCGAAGUACAACGCGCCCAACGGCGCCCUUCCCACACACCCAGCAUACAUUCCUCGUGUCGCCAGUCGUCUACCUGAUCCUAAAGCGCCUGCGCCGUCAGGUCUUCGCAAUGUCAAGACAAAUGUGCCUGAUUCAUACGCCCUUCAAACAUAUCUCAAUGCUAACGGGAGUGAAUCUCGGCGCGCUGCGGAUACCCCAUCAGGGAGUUUAACCAGUUCUCUCGCUGGUAGCCGCAAUCCUUCCCCAGUUCCGCCACAAUAUGUCCCUGCCAACCCAUCAGCAUCAGUACCACCUCCUCCACCUGGGCCACCUCCAAUGCCCGAACCGCAGAAGUCAAGACUACCUAGUCUUGCGUUCCCCUCCCUCACUAAGCUCUCGAUUCCUAGGAAGAAGACGGUUCCUCAACUUAAUUUGUUGGAGGCGACACCUGUUUCCGCGGUUGAUAACAAUCCUAACCACGAAUUGAGGAUCUCGAAGCCUCUUGCUGUCUUGGAUCCCAGAUUCCAGGACAAGCCACUUGGAGGCGGGCAAAUUUUGUCUCAUGAGAUCCCAGCAGGGUUCAAUGACGAAUACCUUAAGAGACGGGAUGCUAACAUUUCCCCGAUGUUAAGCGGCAAUAGUCGUGUCUAUGGAUGA